AUGGACGCUUCCUUUGUCAGCUUUUUCAUGGCUGCUUCGUAUGCGUCUACAGACGCUUCGGUUGUCAGCUUUCGGAUGCGUCUUAACACGUUUAUUUAUGCGUUUAUAGACGCCUCUACUUAUGCGGCUGAGAUGCAACACGUGUCAAACGGAAGACCUAUUCUAGUCAGAUUUGUUGUUUACUGUGGUGGCAAGAGGGAAGUCGUUGAUGGGAGGCUUGAGUACGUGGUCCAACCAGAUUCUGUUAGACGUGGUUUUAAAACUUCUACUACAAUUUCUUAUAACACAUUUUUAAAAAAUCUUAGUGAGUCAACAUGUCUUCAAAACAUCACACGUGUAUCUUACAAAAUGUCAAGUUUUAGCGAUCCCAUUGAUAUAAUUGAUGAUUCCGAUCUUACUUUUUUUUUCAAUAUUGCGGAAAGAAACCCUCAUGAGUUAUUUAAAUUAUAUGUGGUGCAAGAACUUGGUGUUGGUUCAUCUGCGGGUUCUUCCAAUUAUUUUAAAUGUCCCGAUCUUAACGUAAAUGUUUUUCCUGAAGAUGAAUGUGCGGUGAUUCGGAGCUUUCUCAGAAAUUUAAGACCGCUUAUCAUCAUAGAUGCGGCCCACUUAAAGGGUGAAUUUAAAGGAACAAUGUUUUUGGCUGUUGGCAUGGACGGAAACAACCAGAUUUUGCCUAUUGGUUAUGGAAUUGGUAAAUCUGAAGACGGUGAGUCGUGGACGUGGUUCCUUUCAAAACUGAAAGAAUGCAUCGGCGAGCAUCCAGAUUUGGCAAUCAUUUCUGACCGGGCAGCUUCUAUACAAUUAGCUGUACAGGUUGUGUUUCCAAGAAGCUUUCACGGGUUAUGUUGUCGUCAUUUGAUGGUCAACCUUCGUUUACAGUAA